AUGGCUGACCAUAAGACGGAGCAACCAUCCAGAGUUCCUAGCGAGAAGGAGGAACGCGACAAGACAGUAACGCCAGAUGAUGAUAGUGAGAUAGUUUAUCCUACUGGGUUGAAGCUGUGGCUCAUCAUUCUGUCGUUAUGUUUGUCCAUUUUUCUUGUCGCGCUGGAUCAAACCAUCAUCGCGCCGGCUCUAGGCGCCAUCACAGCCGAGUAUGGAUCGGUUAAGGACAUUGGUUGGUAUGGAGCGUCGUACCUCUUGACGAGCACGGCACUUCAACCACUCUACGGCACUAUCUAUCGGUUAUUUGACAUUAAACUCACCUUCUUGGGAGCCGUCGCCCUAUUCGAACUCGGCAGUUUGGUAUCGGCCGUCGCACCCUCGUCGGUGGCCUUCAUCAUCGGCAGAGCCAUCGCAGGUCUGGGUACCGCUGGCCUCUUCUCUGGCGCCAUCGUCAUUCUGUCGUAUACACUUCCCCUUCGCAAGCGGCCGAUCAUGUUUGGGCUUUUCGGUGGUAUGUGGGGCAUCGCGAGCGUUGCUGGACCAUUGUUAGGUGGCGCUUUCACCGAUCACGCCACUUGGCGCUGGUGUUUUUAUGUCAACCUGCCUAUCGGUGGGGCUUCCAUGGUGGUGAUCUUCUUCUACUUGAGUAUAUCGAGAGCCAACAACCCUGACAACAAAUCAUUCAUAUCGCGGAUCCUGCAGCUGGACCUCUUAGGGGCCAGUGUCCUAAUACCGGCCAUCAUCAUGUUGCUUCUGGCUUUGCAGUGGGGAGGUGCAGAUUACCCAUGGAAUGACUCUCGUAUUAUCGGACUGUUCGUCGGUGCUGGUGUCAUGGCCGUCGUCUUCGUCGGCAUAGAGAUAUGGCAGCAGGACAAAGGUCUCUUGCCGCCCCGCUUCUUCAAAAACCGUAAUGUCCUAAGCGCCAUGAUGUUCAGCUUCUUCUUUGGUGCUUGUUUUUUCCCCAUGAUCUACUACCUCUCACUCUAUUUCCAAGCGGUCCAGGGCGACUCCGCUGUUCAAGCUGGCAUCAAGCUCUUGCCAAUGCUUAUUGCUUGCGUUGUUUCUUCGAUGCUGAGUGGCGCUCUAAUCACAAUCUCUGGCUACUAUAAUCCAAUCAUUCUUCUCGAGACAGUCAUGUUGAGCGUCGGUGCUGGCUUGAUUUCGACUUUCUCGCUCGAUACACCAUUCGGAAAAUGGUUCGGAUAUCAGGUUCUGUAUGGGCUUGGUACGGGGGUCUGUUUCCAAGCAGGAGUGAUUGUGGUUCAAAAUGUGCUUCCACAGGAUUUAGUCCCCCAAGGCACAGCAUGUAUACAGUUCUUCCAAAGUCUUGGCGGUGCGCUCUUCAUCGCCGUGGCGCAGACGCUGUUCCAGAACGGCUUGAUAGAGGGCGUGAUAAAGGAUGCGCCACAGAUCGAUCCGCUCAUUUUCAUCAAUUCCGGGGCAUCACAAAUAAGGCAAAUACUACAGAGCAUGGGCCAGACCGGCGCCAUAGACGCGGUGCUCGGCGCAUACACGACAGGACUGAGAUACACGUACUAUAUUAGCGUGGCCACUGCCUCUGCAGCAUUUGUAAUGGCGCUCGGAUUGGAGUGGAAGAAAAUUGAUAAGUCUGGAGCCGACACAGCGAGCAAGGAUGUUGAAAUGGCAGAGGGCACGACGCAAGAGAAAAGGGAAAAUGACCUUGGCAAGGAAGUUGUGGCUUGA